ACUGUGCCCGCCCCCUCCCCUGUCUGCCCCGGGUUUCCCAGCGCCGCCAUUAGAGGGGUCGCUUUGUGUCCGCCGAGUCUGCCGGUUGAUUCCUCACUGCACUGUGAAAACCAUUAGGAAAAAAUCUUUGUGGUUAAAACCUGGGGCUCCACAGUGUUACCUGCACUUGGGGCUAGAAAUUAAUUUAAAUGGCGACUGAUCUGUCUGAAGCUGAACUCUUACAUCAUAAGGCGCUUCCAUUGUUAACGGGAGCUCAGCUGAUCCACACGGACAAGUUAAGUGAGAAGGUUGAAGACGACACCAUGCCGAUCCGUCGUGCUGUGAAUUCUUCUGCUCGGGAAACUCCUCCCAAAAGCAAACCUGCUGAAGGUGAGGAGGCCAAACCAGACCCAGAAGUCAGCUCUGAGGAAUCUGCUUCUACUGGAGAGGAGCAAGAGAAUGAAACUCCACCUGCUACAUCCAGUGAGACAGAGCAGCCAAAAGAACCAGAGAGUGAGAAGGGAGAAGCAAAGUCUUCUGAAGAAACCAAAAAGGAUGAGAAGGAUCAGUCUAAAGAAAAGGAGAAGAAAGUGAAAAAGACCAUUCCCUCAUGGGCAACACUUUCUGCUAGCCAACUAGCUAGAGCACAGAAGCAAACACAGAUGGCUGCCUCCUCACGCCCAAAAAUGGAUGCUAUCUUAACUGAGGCCAUCAAGGCGUGCUUUCAAAAGAGUGGUGCAUCAGUGGUUGCCAUACGUAAAUACAUUAUCCACAAAUACCCUUCCCUGGAGCUUGAGAGGAGAGGUUAUCUUUUAAAGCAAGCACUGAAAAGGGAGCUCGAGAGGGGAGUCAUCCGACAGGUGAAAGGAAAGGGAGCCUCUGGGAGUUUUGUGGUGGUCUCUAAUGCAGGGAAAACUGUUCCGAAAUCCAGAGACAGAAAGAGAAGUACCUCCACAUCCACUCCAGAGCAGCAAGUCAAGCUAGAAGACAUCCUUCCGUUGGCAUUCACCCGCCUUUGUGAACCUAAGGAAGCUUCAUACAGCCUGAUCAAAAAAUAUGUGUCUCAAUAUUACCCCAAACUCAAGGUGGAUGUAAGACCCCAGCUGUUGAAGAAUGCCCUGCAGAGAGCAGUAGAGAAGGGCCAGUUAGAGCAGAUCACAGGCAAAGGAGCUUCUGGAACAUUCCAGCUGAAGAAAUCAGGGGAGAAGCCCCUACUUGGUGGGAGUCUGAUGGAAGAUGCCAUCCUGUCUGCUAUUGCUGCCAUGAAUGAACCGAAGACUUGCUCCACCACAGCUCUGAAGAAGUAUGUCCUGGAGAACCACCCAGGGACCAACUCCAACUUCCAGGUGCAUCUACUGAAGAGAACCCUGCAGAAAUGUGAGAAGAAUGGCUGGAUGGAGCAGAUCUCUGGGAAAGGUUUCAGUGGCACCUUCCAACUGUGCUUCCCUUAUUACCCCAGCCCAGGUGUGCUGUUCCCAGAGAAGCAGCAGGAGGAGGAUUCUGAGGAAUCUGAGGAGGAGGAAGAGGAGGCAGAAGAGGAAUCUGAGGAGGAAGAAGAGUCAGAGGAAGAACCACCCCCUCCAAAGAAAAGGAUGCAGAUGCGAUCCCCCCCCAAAUCCCGGAGCAGGGCCCCCCCUGUGAAACGAAGAGAGUCCAAACCCAAGCCAAGAAAGGCCCCUGCAGCCCGCCGGGGAAAAGCAAAGCCCCCGCCCAAGGUCAAAACCCCUGCCAAGAAAGCCAGACCAGCAGCUACAUCCAUCAAGAGGCCCUCUGGUAGCAGCUCUUCCAAGAAACCAGCAGCAAGCGGGAGAAAGGAAGCGAAAUCCCCUGCCAAGGGCAAAUCCACCAUGAGGAAGUCUCUCCGGGCAAAAAAGUAAACUUUUCCAGUGUGUCAGGGAAUCUCAUGGUCAAAUCCACAAUCUUGUUUUAUAACGUCAAUGUGCAUUUGUAUUUUAGUUCUAAUU